AUGAUAAAAAUUUGCCUCAAUCCUGAAAUAAGAACAAUUACGAGACCAGUUCUUUUUCUAUUCCAUUUCCAUCCGACUUCUGCUACUGAUUCUCAUGGCCAUUUCAAAAUAAAAAAGAGGAAUUUUGGUUCUAUUGCAUACAUACCCACUCUGGAGAUUUGGCUGAAUGGUUUGCCAGUGCUGAGUAAUGUCCACUGGAUCGUUCAGAGUUACGGUUUUUCACUAGCCGCUGCUUGCUCUAUUGGACGACUGCUUGUUGGCAUUACAUGUGAGAACUACUGGUUGUCAACUGCUGGUUGCCGUCCUCUUCGAUGUUGGCGUGUGCAAGUGGAAGAGAUUGUAAUGGAAUUGGUUCGAUGCUUAUACUCUUGUUACGAACUUUCUGGCUAAGAGAAGCUGCUGCGUUACUUUUCUGUCUCACCAAUUACUGCUGCAACAACCUUUCUCUGUCUGUACCCUGCAGCCUACUUGUUUGCUACUUCUGUGCCAACUGGUCUUGAUCUGUGUCACUUGUCUCUCUUAUUGCGUCACCCAUUUCUAGAGUCCUACAGCUACUGCUAUUGAUUCUUAUGCCACAGCCAUGCUUUCUACAACACCUGGGAUAUUCAACAACUACCAUUACACUUUAUCUUACUUUGGGAGAUUAAUGUUGUCCUUCAGAAUUUUCUUUGUCCAUUCUUUGUGGCAGGAAUGCUUUGUUGGUUGCUUCACCAGUAGCCACACAUGCUUCUGUUGCAGGUAUUUCAUUCUACAGACAUCUCUCUUUCUGCAUCAACAUUGCCUCCUCCAACUGAACAUUCUAGACCAACUGUAAUUCGUACUUCUUCCUACUGUUCACCUGUCUAUUAUAGAUAGUGUGUGUGCUGGUUUGCGUGUGAGUGUCAUUUGUUUGUGCAAUCUCAAGUUGUCCUUUGUUAGUGCAAUAUUGCAAUCUAAGUCAUCCUAGUUGAUUCUUCAGGUGGUGGUGGAAAUAAGUCUUUGUAGCUAUGGAAGGAUUUGUUUCUGAGUGGUCUCCACAGUCCUUUGAUUCAAUGAAGCUUUAAUGUUUAAGAGGUUAUAGUACGAGUGGACACCAGUUUCCAAAUUUUUGUUGUUUCCUUGUAUUUUUUGUAAUUUAGUAUUGGAAAUUUUAUUUUAAUUUGGAAGCAGAAUAAUCAAUAAUUACUA